UCUAACAAGGCGUCUCAGGGGACGUCCACACCCCUCGCAGACAGAUUACCCCUUAGCCCAUCCCACAAGGCCCAGAACUGCCAGGAGAGCACAGAGUUGAGUGAACUCUCACCGAUAGCCAAGCCCGACAGGACAAUCGCAGACAGUCAAUCUGACUAUUAUGCCAGCCUCUCCUUCUUGCAGUGAUUCACCUACAACAGGUGUUUUGUUAUUCACCAUACACACAGGCGGGUACAACAGGACAGGUGUUAUGUUAUUCACCAACCAGACAGAAUGACAUUCAGGUACGACGACAGGUGUUUUCUCACAGAAAGGGUCAGACACAUCUGGUCACUGGGGUGUAGGCUGAUGUUGUGUUUUGACGUGACAUGUUGUGUUUUGAAGUGCUGCCUGUCUUUGUAGACCUCUGGCCAACCAAAACAUGCCUAUUCUUUUGUCAAUAAUAAUAAACCUGUUAUUAUUAAAGGUGCGGUGUGUAACUUUUGAACACAAAAGGGCUCUGACAGGUUCCUGUGUUAGCCGGUACUGUAGUUCAGUUCCAGUUCAGCAUGUGAUUCGGCUCCAACCAGUCCUCCCAGUAAUGCUCUUAUGUAACUGUGGGGGUCUUAUCUGGCUCACGCUUGCCUGACACACACACACGUGUACACACACACACAUAGGCUCAUGCUCACACACACAAGCUCAGUGGUCACUUGGGCUCACGCUUGACACACACGCACUCACUCUAACUCAGGCUCAAUGGUUGCUCUGGCUCAGAACCAGCACGGGACGUAAGUGUGCUGAUCCAACCGGUUCUGUGUUAGUGACAUCAUCAGCUCCUGGGUGCCUAUCACCUCCUGUGCCGCUGUGGCUCCUCCCCCAUGGUUGCGCAGAGCCAACCGGCAACCAGCUCAGCAGGAAAAGUAGGAACCAUCUGGCCCGCUCAGUUUCCUCCUGGCAUUGGGAAGGAUUAGCAGAGCGGACCACUCUCUAUGCCUGCCCUGGCCCAUAUAGAAUGCUCUGUGAUAUGGGCUCCAUGUCAAUAGUCUAUAUUGACUUCUUCUUCUCUCCCCUUCCUCACUGAUGUGAAAGACCUGGACAAAUCUAUCUAAAAUAUUGCUGUCCAAGCCUGUCUGUGUUUAGAAUCAGAUCAGUGCAUAUCAAGAAGAGGGGACAAGAUGAGGAAACCACUUUAGAGGAGACGAGGAGAGGAAGGUAACAGACUUGACAAUUUCUCACACAUUCCUUAGUUGGAGCUGAGUAGUGUCCCCUUGCUGGGUCAGAGUCCUCUUUGCCAACAACAACACACCUCCCUCCAACAGUCAGCCAACAGCUUUACUGUUCUAAACAUGGCCGCCCACCACCAUGCAUGGCUGUCUUCUCUCACUCACAUGCUGAUGCUAUAUCUGAGAUGAACUCCCACAUGGUUAGAGUCAGCUGGCUGCUUGUUCUGUUGCUUUAUUUUAGUAACAAGGCCAACACAGUCCUACCCAGAUGAUUGGUCUGCCUGUGCUUUGCCCAUUUUUUAAAGGCAUCUGGAAACAGAGCUGUCUAUUGACACAUGAUAUCUAGGUUUGAUCCAUUGAAUACAGUUGAAGUCGGAAGUUUACAUACACUUAGGUUGGAGUCAUUAAAACUAGUUUUUCAACCACUCCACACAUUUCUUGUUAGCAAACUAUAGUUUUGGCAAGUCGGUUAGGACAUCUACUUUGUGCAUGACACAAGUAAUCUUUCCAACAAUUGUUUACAGACAGAUUAUUUCACUUAUAAUUCACUGUAUCACAAUUCCAGUGGGUCAGAAGUUUACAUACACUAAGUUUACUGUGCCUUUUAAACAGCUUGGAAAAUUCCAGAAAAUGAUGUCAUGGCUUUAGAAGCUUCUGAUAGGCUAAUUUGCAUAAUUUAAGUCAAUUGGAGGUGUACCUGUGGAUGUAUUUCAAGGCCUACCUUCAAACGCAGUGCCUCUUUGCUUGACAUCAUGGGAAAAUCAAAAGAAAUCAGCCAAGACCUCAGAAAUAAUAGUGUAGACCUCCACAAGUCUGGUUCAUCCUUGGGAGGAAUUUCCAAACGCCUGAAGGUUCCACGUUCAUCUGUACAAACAAUAGUACGCAAGUUUAAACACCAUGGGACCACGCAGCCAUCAUACCGCUCAGGAAGGAGACGCGUUCUGUCUCCUAGAGAUGAACGUACUUUGGUGCGAAAAGAACAACAGUAAAGGACCUUGUGAAGAUGCUGGAGGAAACGGGUACAAAUGUAUCUAUAUCCACAGUAAAACGAGUCCUAUAUCGACAUAACCUGAAAGGCCGCUCAGCAAGGAAGAAGCCACUGCUCCAAAACUGCCAUAAAAAGCCAGAUUACGAUUUGCAACAAAUAUCUUACUUUUUGGAGAAAUGUCCUCUGGUCUGAUUAAACAAAAAUAGACUGUUUGGCCAUAAUGACCAUCGUUAUAUUUGGAGGAAAAAGAGGGAUGCUUGCAAGCUGAAGAACACCAUCCCAACUGUGAAGCACGGGGUGGCAGCAUCAUGCUGUGGGGGUGCUUUGCUGCAGGAGGUACUGGUGCACUUCACAAAAUAGAUGGCAUCAAGAGGAAGGAAAAUUAUGUGGAUAUUGAAGCAACAGCUCAAGACAUCAGUCAGGAAGUUAAAGCUUGGUCGCAAAUGAGUCUUCCAAAUGGACAAUGACCCCAAGCAUACUUCCAAAGUUGUGGCAAAAUGUCUUAAGGACAACAAAGUCAAGAUAUUGGAGUGGCCAUCACAAAGCCCUGACCUCAAUCCUAUAGAAAAUGUGUGGGCAGAACUGAAAAAGCGUGUGCGAGCAAGGAGGCCUACAAACCUGACUCAGUUACACCAGCUCUGUCAGGAGGAAUGGGCCAAAAUUCACCCAACUUAUGGUGGGAAGCUUGUGGAAGGCUACCUGAAACGUUUGACCCAAGUUAAACAAUUUAAAGGCAAUGCUACCAAAUACUAAUUGAGUGUAUGUAAACUUCUGACCAACUGGGAAUGUGAUGAAAGAAAUAAAAGCUGAAAUAAAUCAUUCUCUCUACUAUUAUUCAGAUAUUUCACAUUCUUAAAAUAAAGUGGUUAUCCUAACUGACCUAAGACGGGGAAUGUUUACUAGGAUUAAAUGUCAGGAAUUGUGAAACUGAGUAUAAAUGUAUUUGGCUAAGGUGUAUGUAAACUUCCACCUUCAACUGUACAUUGUGGAACAUAGACAACUAUCAGUAGCCUCUGGCCUGUACACGAUUACCAGCAACAGAGGAAUUGGUUAAAGCACAACUGGUUUGGCAAGUGGCCACCAGUCUAGAUAGAUUGAUAUCUAUCUAUCUAUCAAAUUCAAUCAAAUAUAUUUAUAGAGCCCUUUUUACAACAGCAGUUGUCACAACGUGGUUAUACAGAAACCAAGCCUAAAACCCCAGAGAGCAAGCAAUGCAGAUAUAAAGGCACGGUGGCUAGGAAAAACUAUCUAGAAAGGCAGGAACCUAGAGAGGAACCAGGCUCUGAGUGGUGGCCAGUCCUCUUCUGGCUGUUCCGGGUGGAGAUUAUAAGAGUACAUGGCCAUUAAUGCCAGAUUGUUCUUCAAGAUGUUCAAAUGUUCAUAGAAGACCAGCAGGGACAACUAAUAAUCACAGUGGUUGUAGAGGGUGCAAGAGGUCAACACCUGGAGAGUUAAUGUCAGUUGGCUUUUCAUAGCCAGAUAGAUAGAUGGACAUGUCAGAGUCGUCAGUCGUCUGACCUCUAUCUGUAGCAGAGAAGAACCAGCCAUGAUCUGGCUAGGUCAGUCAGUCAUACAGAGAUAUAUUAGGCCUAGGCCCUGGCUGGCCAGCUCCAGUUCAGUUCAGCACUUUAAAAAGUCUGACUGCCACACUUUGGAGCGUUGUUGACGUUGCUAAAUUUGUCCUCUGUGUCAGAAAUGUAAUCUCCUAAGAGCUGUAGGUCAGAGGUGUGUGUUUGGGGGUUGGCACAUGAAUGCGCAUGUUCAACCAAGGCCAGAUAGACCCGGCUCAACCAGCAGGAGAGACCUGCUGAGCGUGCCAAACACACCCACACAAUCUGAAUUCUCUAACAUGUGGCUGAUGGGGGCUGUAAACUCCUCAGAACCUAGGUUACAUUUUACAUUUUUACAUUUUAGUCAUUUAGCAGACGCUCUUAACCAGAGCGACUUACAGGAGCAAUUAGGGUUAAGUGCCUUGCUCAAGGGCACAUUAACGUCAUUUAGCAGACGCUCUUAGCCAGAGCGACUCACAAAUUGGUGCGUUCACCCUAUAGCCAGUGGGAUAACCACUUUACAAUUUGGGGGGGGGGGGGGGGGUUAGAAGGAAUACUUUAGCCUAUCCCAGGUAUUCCUUAAAGAGGUGGGGUUUCAAAUGUCUCCGGAAGGUGGUGAGUGACUCCGCUGUCCUGGCGUCGUGAGGGAGCUUGUUCCACCAUUGGGGUGCCAGAGCAGCGAACAGUUUUGACUGGGCUGAGGGGGAGCUGUGCUUCCGCAGAGGAAGGGGAGCCAGCAGGCCAGAGGUGGAUGAACGCAAUGUCCUCGUUUGGGUGUAGGGACUGAUCAGAGCCUGAAGGUACAGGGGUGCCGUUCCCCUCACUGCUCCAAAGGCAAGCACCAUGGUCUUGUAGCGGAUGCGAGCUUCAAUUGGAAGCCAGUGGAGUGUGCGGAGGAGGGGGGUGACGUGAGAGAACUUGGGAAGGUUGAACACCAGACGGGCUGCGGCAUUCUGGAUGAGUUGUAGGGGUUUAAUGGCACAGGCAGGGAGCCCAGCCAACAGCGAGUUGCAGUAGUCCAGACGGGAGAUGACAAGUGCCUGGACCAGGACCUGCGCCGCUUCCUGUGUAAGGCAGGGUCGCACUCUCCGAAUGUUGUAGAGCAUGAACCUGCAGGAGCGGGUCACCGCCUUGAUGUUGGCGGAGAACGACAGGGUGUUGUCCAGGGUCACGCCUAGGCUCUUCGCACUCUGGGAGGAGGACACAGCGGAGUUGUCUACCGUGAUGGCGAGAUCAUGGAACGGGCAGUCCUUCCCGGGGAGGAAGAGCAGCUCCGUCUUGCCAGGGUUCAGCUUGAGGUGGUGAUCCGUCAUCCAUACUGAUAUGUCUGCCAGACAUGCAGAGAUGCGAUUCGCCACCUGGUGAUCAGAAGGGGGAAAGGAGAAGAUUAGUUGUGUAUCGUCAGCGUAGCAAUGAUAGGAAAGGCCAUGUGAGGAUAUGACAGAGCCAAGUGACUUGGUGUAUAGGGAGAAAAGGAGAGGGCCCAAAACCGAUCCCUGGGGGACACCAGUGGUGAGAGCACGUGGUGCGGAGACAGCUUCCCGCCACGCCACUUGGUAGGAGCGACCGGUCAGGUAGGACGCAAUCCAGGAGUGAGCCGCGCCGGAGAUGCCCAUUUCGGAGAGGGUGGAGAGGAGGAUCUGAUGGUUCACAGUAUCAAAGGCAGCAGACAGAUCUAGAAGGACAAGAGCAGAGGAGAGAGAGUUAGCUUUAGCAGUGCGGAGAGUCUCUGUGACACAGAGAAGAGCAGUCUCAGUUGAAUGACCAGUCCUGAAACCUGAUUGGUUUGGAUCAAGAAGGUCAUUCUGAGAGAGAUAGCAAGAGAGUUGGCUAAAGACGGCACGCUCAAUAGUUUUGGAAAGAAAAGAAAGAAGGGAUACUGGUCUGUAGUUGUUGACAUCAGUGGGGUCGAGUGUUGGUUUUUUGAGAAGGGGAGUAACUCUCGCUCUCUUGAAGACGGAAGGGACAUGGCCAGCGGUCAAGGAUGAGUUGAUCAGCGAGGUGAGGUAGGGGAGAAGGUCACCGGAGAUGGUCUGGAGAAGGGAGGAGGGGAUGGGGUCAAGCGGGCAGGUUGUUGGGCGGCCUGCAGUCACAAGUCGCAGGAUCUUAUCUGGAGAGAGAGGGGAGAAAGAAGUCAAAGCAUAGGGUAGGGCAGUGUGAGCAGGACCAGCAGUGUCAUUAGGCUUAACAAACAAGGAUCGGAUGUCGUCAACCUUCUUUUCAAAGUGGUUGACGAAGUCAUCCACAGAGAGAGAGGAGGGGGGGAGGGGGGGGGGGGGAGGAUUCAGGAGGGAGGAAAAUGUGGCAAAGAGCUUCCUAGGGUUAGAGGCAGAUGCUUGGAAUUUAGAGUGGUAGAAGGUGGCCUUAGCAGCAGAAACAGAUGAAGAAAAUGUAGAGAGGAGGGAGUGAAAAGAUGCCAGGUCGGCAGGGAAUUUAGUUUUCUUCCAUUUCCGCUCCGCUGCCCGGAGCUCUGUUCUGUGAGCUCGCAAUGAGUCAUCAAGCCACGGAGCUGGAGGGGAGGACCGAGCCGGCCGUGAGGAUAGGGGACACAGAGAGUCAAAGGAUGCAGAAAGGGAGGAGAGGAGGGUUGAGGAGGCAGAAUCAGGAGAUUGGAGGGAGAAGGAUUGAGCAGAGGGAAGAGAUGAUAGGAUGGAAGAGGAGAGAGUAGUGGGAGAGAGAGAGCGAAGGUUGCGGCGGCGCAUUACCAUCUGUGUAGGGGCAGAGUGAGUAGUGUGGGAGGAGAGUGAGAGAGAAAAGGAAACAAAGUAGUGGUCGGAGACUUGGAGGGGAGUUGCAGUGAGAUUAGUAGAGGAGCAGCAUCUAGUGAAGAUGAGGUCAAGCGUAUUGCCUGCCUUGUGAGUAGGGGGGGACGGUGAGAGGGUGAGGUCAAAAGAGGAGAGGAGUGGAAAGAAGGAGGCAGAGAGAAAUGAGUCAAAUGUGGACAUAGGGAGGUUGAAAUCCCCCAAAACUGUGAGGGGUGAGCCAUCCUCAGGGAAGGAACUUAUCAAGGCGUCAAGCUCAUUGAUGAACUCUCCAAGGGAACCUGGAGGGCGAUAGAUGACAAGGAUAUUAAGCUUAAAUGGGCUAGUGACUGUGACAGCAUGGAAUUCAAAUGAGGAGAUAGACAGAUGGGUUAGGGGAAAAAUUGAGAAUGUCCACUUGGGAGAGAUGAGGAUUCCUGUACCACCACCCCUCUGACCAGAUGCUCUCGGGGUAUGCGAGAACACAUGGUCAGACGAGGAGAGAGCAGUAGGAGUAGCGGUGUUUUCAGUGGUGAUCCAUGUUUCCGUCAGCGCCAGGAAGUCGAGGGACUGGAGGUUGGCAUAGGCUGGGAUGAAGUCAGCUUUGUUGGCAGCAGAACGGCAGUUCCAGAGGCUGCCUGCGACCUGGAACUCCACGUGGGUGGUGCGUGCAGGGACCACCAAAUUGGAGAGGCAGCAGCCACGCGGUGUGGUGCGUUUGUGUAGCCUGUGCAGAGAGGAGAGAACAGGGAUAGGCAGAGGCAUAGUUGACAGGCUGUAGCAAAUGGCUACAAAAAUGCAGAGGAGAUCGGAAUGAAAUGGGCUAAGCAUCUGGGAGUGGAGAGAGCAGGGCCUCCCUCACCAAAUCUUCUAGCUCGGAAACUAAAAUUGUUUCACUGAACCACCCGAACAAAAACUCUCCCAACUUCCGCCUUUGGAAAUCAGAAUUGUUGUGAACCACAGCGGUUCAAUGUUUAAAGGAGUAGACUCAACCCACUUUGUUCAGCUAGCCUACUAUGACUCCAUAGCCAACUAGCAGACUAGCAUCCAAUAACAAUAACACACCGUUUAGCGCCAACACUUGGUCACAACAAACCACCAAUAUUGUGAUAUCACACUAAACAGAUCAUUCGUGUCUGUGUCAAGUUCCUUAUAUGACGCAGCAAUGAUUAGACGUUGGCUAGCUAGGACAAGUAAAUUGUGGUUAAAGGGCAGAGCACAGACUAUCAGUCUAUAGAGUGUAGUGGUAUCAGAGUCCGCUGUGGUGGCCAUAGUGGGUACACAGCGGGGAGUAAUACCUGGCUAUCCUACCCUGUGCUGUGCCGGGCUCUCUGCCAGUUACGUAAUCAGUAUUAGUGGGACAAAGAGUGGGCUUUUACAGAGUGAGAGCACUGGCUCUGGAGAUCUUUAUACCCAGCCUAGUGAGGGCAUGAUCAGGGCUAGUCUGGUCAGAGUCACCUGUAAUGGUAAACAUCUCGCAGGCCUUCAGAGCUGACCCCAGUCCACACAGGAUCAUGAUUAAAGCUUUAGCUAGGCUGAAUGCUCUCGUUAGACUCGUCACUAGAGGUAGUGUUUUAAGUUAACGGUUGGUCAAUAAGGGCUCAAGUAAAAGCUUAAUCUGGUGUGUGUGUCUGUGAAAGCCCUUCUGUUGCAGCAGCUAGUAAUGAAGGUUUGAGAGGUGUGUGUGUCCGUUGGGCCUGGUGUAUGUGUGUGAGAGAUCCAGACAAAAGCAGCCAGAGCAGCUGAGUUCACAGGAGCAGAAGGAGAAAACUGUACCGAACCCUCUAAGCCAAUCAGAAGGCAGCUAUGUGUGUUGCUAUGCGUGCUGUGAAUCUGCCCCUUUGUGUAAAGAGAGCGCGAGAGGGUGGGGGGGUAGAUAGAGGGAACAAAGAGAGAGCUCUCAGGAAACUGUAAAGUUGAACAUGGCUAAACUUCAAACUCUAUUCUCUCUCUCUUGUUCCUGCAUGUGAUUUCAGGGCAGGCCAACAUCACAUGGAACAGGAAACUAUAUCUUUGUGUUGACAACACUUUUCUGUUUGCUUGCCACUACAGUGUAGGCUAGUUAGAAAAACAUUAACUUAAAUCAGAGCUCCUGUAGAGUGGGCUGGACUGCUGUCUGUUUCAGUCACGGAGGCACAGAUUAGGCCUCAUGGAGAACAAAGAGUCUGUGUAAAAACACACACACACACACACACAGUGACAGACAGACAUGUCAUAGAUGAGUCACACACAUGUGACUAACAUGCCACUGGAAAGACGUACACAGAUGCUCACACACAGCCCCAGCUCAUUCCAGCACACACAAAAUCCCUGUGAUGGGACAUUAACAUGAGCUGUGUGUUGCCAGGGCAACCCUUUGUCCCCAUGCAAAAUAGAUGUGCACUAUGACCAGAGGAGGAGAGGAGCCUCAGGGCUGUGUGUGUUGAGGUGUGUGUUGAGGUGUGUGUUGAGGUGUGUUUUUCAUUGUUUCCCCUAUAUUCAUUUAGCAGCGACGUUCCAAAUGUGUAGAAUUGCAGGAAAUGACCUUUUAAAACAGAAGAAUUUGGUCUCUGCUGCCAAGAGGAGGGCCUUUCAAGAUUUUGGUAGGAGGCCUCGCAAUUGGCAACGGCCACUACGACGCCCCCAUCCCCCCCGCUAACUUUGCCACCGCUGCUGGAAGAAAUCCUAGGGGAAACCUGUAGGUAGUAAUAUUUGUGUUACUGUGUGUGUGUUAAGGCGUUCGGAAGAGUUCAAUUAGGGGGUUUUUCGGUUGUUCGGGCACACUUACUUUUUUUUCUAGAGGCAAGCCGAAGUUCGGAGCCAAAGUCUACGCCCUUCGUCAGGGAUUGGUCAACAGUAGUGUUUUUUCAACGAGAGAUGACUCGUUUUCAUGCACAUUUUUUCAUUGAGAAAUACUGCACCAAACAUCUUAGUUAGAUGUAACAUUUGCGAUUAAGAUCUCGUCAAAAACGUCAAAAUGAAUGACAGAUUUCUUGAGUUAUUUUAGAUUAAUUCUGACUAUUUUGAGGAAGCAUAUACUGGCUACGGCGUCUCAAAAUGGACAAAGUACUAUUGCCGCUUUUUUUCUUGUAUUUCAAACGAAGGUAUUUUAAGGGAGUAUGCUAGCACACUCGUUUGAUUCGGCUAGCCGAGUUCGGCUAGGCGCCAGCCCAACUGAAGCAUGCUGAUGGCUUUUUGGGGGUAUGGUUAAUGCUGGUUGGUGUUAGUGGGGGGUAUGGUUAAUGCUGGUUGGUGUUAGUGGGGGUAUGGUUAAUGCUGGUUGGUGUUAGUGGGGGUUAUGGUUAAUGCUGGUUGGUGUUAGUGGGGGUUAUGGUUCAUGCUGGUUGGUGUUAGUGGGGGUAUGGUUAAUGCUGGUUGGUGUUAGUGGGGAUUAUGGUUCAUGCUGGUUGGUGUUAGUGGGGGUUAUGGUUAAUGCUGGUUGGUGUUAGUGGGGGUUAUGGUUAAUGCUGGUUGGUGUUAGUGGGGGUUAUGGUUAAUGCUGGUUGGUGUUAGUGGGUUAUGGUUAAUGCUGGUUGG